AUGGAUGAUAGCAUCCUGGGCGAGGAUCUUCCUCUGCCCCCGAUGAGAUUGUUCGAGCGACUGGCGAGUGUACCUAAUUAUACAUGGGACCAGUCUUUCCCUCCAUUCCACACAACAUACGAUCACUGGCACGUCCUCGGCAUACUCCAUAACCCCGACAUCGACGGUCCUUCCACUGCGUCGAGUGCACUGACUUCGAGGUCGGGUCUGUCAAGUUCCACAAGAGGAUCGCCCAAGAUAGACCACAGACCGUCGCUCAGACAUAGCCAUUGGAGCAGUAUCAGCGGGACUUCUGAAAGUAGCGACUUCUCCUCGUCUAAAGAUGAGGCAGACCCAGUAUGGAUCCCGGUGGUCGCACGGGUCAGCACCCAUAUACUGCAGCUCGAGCGCGAGUACAACUACUGCAAGCAAGUCAUCCAGCAGAAUGACCCAGAAUGCCUCCAUACGAUUCGACCGAUUGACAUCUUCCGGCUUCCUACCACACCUGGGGAUGCGAACUCGAUGCUUGUCUGCGUGUACGAGGCGCCGGGCUAUAACGCACUCAAAGAUGUUGUCGACUUUGGCCCAGCUUUCUACGGCCUGCGCGCCUACAGACGAAGCAGCGACACCCCGGCCCAGCAGAUGACCCUCUCAUCCUUUCUGGACUUUGCGAUUGGCGCCUGUGAGUGCUUGGAGCUACUUCAUCAUGGUGCUAAAGCCGUGCAUGGCGAAAUCCGUCAGGAUACCUUCCACUGGAAUCGAGAUGCGAACAUGGUCCGCAUGAUGCACUGGGGCGCUGGCCCAAGGUCGUUCGAGAAUCUGCUAUCCAGUGAGGGCUGGGCGACUCUGAGCAAGGAGUUGGGUGUUAAGAACAAGCUACAAUUCAUUGCUCCAGAACAGACCGGCCGCUUGCCCGCAGACCCCGAUAGUCGAACAGACAUUUACAGCCUUGGAAUCUUGCUCUGGAUUCUGCUCGCAGAUCGGCCUGCGUUCGAGGCCGACACUCCGAUUGACAUUGUCCAAAAAGUUCUGAGCUCCCGUCUACCUGCUGUCUCGGCGAUCCGCAUCGAUGUGCCGGACGUUAUCGCCAACAUUCUGGCAAAAGCUACCCAGAAGCAAAUGGACGCACGCUAUCAUUCAAUUAGUGGUUUGAAAUACGAUUUCGUUCAGGUCCAAAAAGCUCUCGGAGAAGGCGAUCAAGAAAAGAUUCGUAGCUAUAAGAUCGGACAGCACGAUGUAUCUUCCUUUUUUAUUCUGCCUUCGCGCCAGAUUGGACGCCAUCUCGAGUACGAGCGUCUGACCAAGAUCAUCGACAAAGUUGUGAAACGCCAAAAUCAGUCUGCUCCACGGGGCGGUCCCAGCCCACAGAAGUUGCUUAGCAACGCUUCCAAUUCCUCGGUGUCAGAGGGCCUCGACCUAGACGACCCAAAUUCGGACAGCUCAAGCUCAUACAGUCUUCGUGAGACCAGAAGCAAUUCGACCACGGUCGGACUCGAUAACGCACCUCCGGCAUGGAGUGGGACAGCCAAAGAAGCUCGACAGUUCAAUCAUGUCGGUCGUGGAUUUGCAGACCAUCGGACACUAUCGAUUGACAUCUCUGACAAAGAAAGCAGCUUCUCCGGCGGCUUCUCUCAAGCGUCUGACACACUCGGCCCAAUGCUACGGCGACGGAAUAGCCAUAAGUACAAGUCCAGAGGCAAGACAGAAGUCAUAUCUGUCCUUGGAGCACAAGGUAUUGGCAAGUCCAUGCUCAUUCGGUCUGUUCAACCUCAUGUGCGGAGGCAUGGCUAUUUCGCCAUGGCAAGAUUCGACCGAGCUCGACCAACGCCUUUUGAGCCCCUCAUCAAGGCCUUGAGCAGCCUUUUCCGCCAGAUCUUCUCGGAGCGCGAUGUCACAUCUCCGUACCACGAACAUUUACGAUCACAUGUGAAGCCACUCUGGAGCGUUUUGCAUAGCGUCCUGGACCUUCCUGAGACACUUCUUGAUCUAGCCGCACCGUCCAAGAAGAUCAUGCUCAACACUGCGAAUAGUGAAUUGGGCACGCCCAGCAUACGAACGGAAGCUCCAGUUGAGCUCGAGGGAGCGCCUCCGGCUCCGGCAAGCGGUAUCACGAGAGAUGGAAACGAUUUCCUACGAGGCCCUGCUAGCACCAAGUCUAUCAGAUUCAUGCACAAUUUUGUGGAUGUUUUGCGCCUCAUGACGGCUGGCAAGGUUAUUUGCCUGUGCUUAGACGAUUUUCACGCUGCUGAUAACGAGUCCUUGGAACUAGUACUGCACAUCAUAAAGUCCAAAAUCCCAGUCAUCUUUCUUCUGGCCAGUCGAACGGAAAACGACAAGCCUUUGGAUCCUACGCAAAAGGUGCUCGAUCUCGACUCGGCUCAGAGGAUAGAUCUGACGAAUCUGAAAGAGAAACAUGCUUUUGAAUAUGUGGCCGAGACCAUGUCACAAUCCAUUGAGGAUAUACUGCCAUUAGCUGCAGUGGUGUACGAAAAGACCAGAGGUAAUCCGUAUCUGAUGCGCGAGAUCCUGCAGAUGUUCUAUCAGCGCAACUGCUUGUGGUACGACUACAGAAGCGCUGGGUGGCAGUUCAACUUCGAUAAGUUAGUCGCCGAGCUCAGCGGUUCGGACUCGCCAGGCAUUAUGGACAACUCCUUCCUCACCAAGCGCAUGACAGAGCUCGAUCCGGCGCCGCGGGCCAUACUUGCCUGGGCUUCACUCAUCGGCAGCACGUUUUCGUACCGACUGGUCCAAGAGAUCCUGACCGGGCAAUAUUUCUACAGCAGUGGUCGUGAUCAAAGCCAUGAUAUGACAUGUCCCAAAACCUUUAAGUCUCUCAAUUUGACUGAGUCAGAAUGCAUCGACGGCCUUCAGGUCUUGAUGAAUUACUUUUUCAUCGCUCCUGGCGAUACUGACGACGAGUUCAAAUUCACCCACUCACGUGUGCUCAAUGCUGCUAACUCGAUGCGAGAAUGCCAAAACACAACGAAGAUGCACUUCAUCAUCACACAAGCGAUGAUGUCCUAUCUCAGCAUGUGUAGGUUCAACCUAUAUCCUUUAGCGCGCCAUAUAUGCCUCUGUUCAGACAUCAUCAAGAAUCGAAUUCAAGAUCGCAUGAAGUACCGGGAUGUGCUUUGGAGAGGAGCCAUGAAAGCAAUGGAAUCGGGCGCCAAGUCCACAGCGCUGUGGUACUACCAAACCAGCAUCAAGCUCCUUCAAGAUGACCCGUGGAAUGUUGACGCUGAGGAUGUGACGUACGACGAAACAUUACAGCUCCAUGUCAAUACAGCAGAGAUCUUGUACGCAACCAAAGACGACGACGAGUGCCUGAGACUUCUCGACGAAACUUACAAACAUGCUCGAUGUACCGCAGAUAAGACACGUUCUUACAUACUACAAGGAAGGGUUCAUUCUCGACAGGGAAAGUACAACGUUGCUUUCGGGGUCUUGCGAGAAUGCCUGACUGGGCUGGGCCUGGAGCUGCCAGAAACCAACUGGACUUCGCUCGACGACGAGAUGAGGCAGCUCCAGAAUAAGCUGAGGAGCACCGACAUGGACGAGGUGAUACGAUGGCCACUCAGCGAGGACAAGACGGUCAUUGCGCUGGGCACAGUGCUCAGCGAAACCCUUGGAGCCGCCUACUGGUUUCAAGCAAUGCUGUGGUACCAACUGGUCAUCAAAUUCAUUCAUGUCAUCGUUGAUCGUGGCGUAAUGGUGCAGGCUGGUCUUGCCUUCACGAAUCUUGCCGGCGCAACCAUCGGUCGUUUUCAAAACUUCGAGCUUGCGAAUCAAUAUGGCGACAUCGCACAAGACUUUCUGACUCUCUACGAGGACACCUGGACUAGAGGUCGUGGGUGGACGCUCUACAGUCUCUUCGUUGGACCAUUCCGAACGCCUAUUCGCAAUCUGCUGCCGGUAUUGGAGAACGCCCUUGAUUUCUCCAUGCAAUCCGACGACCGCUUUGUUUCGCUGCUGAAUAUUGGUGCCAUGGCGCUCACCCGGCUUUACGCUGGCCAGGAUCUGGCCGAGAUCGAAGCUUUCUGCACAUACGGACCUGAAGAAUUCCCCGAAUGGGAGGCGGACGUCCGAGGUGGUACACUGGUUCUGGCUUCGCGACAGACGGCUCGUGCUCUGCAGGGCAAGACUGGUAUCUCGAGCGUCGAAACCAUGCUCGAUGACGAUAGUUUCAAAUUAGCCGACUGGUACGCCAUGGUGGAAAAGCUUGGUGUCAGCGGCAACAGACCCAAAGAUAUGUUUGAUGCGGUCACAAUCGGCACCUACUUCCUCUACGACGAGACUGAGCAUGUCAUCGAGCUUGGCCGACGGCUUGUCAAUACAACUCUGGAUGAGCAGUGGUCGAGUCGUCCCGUUGCUGCCGUCCGUUACUACCUCUGCCUUGCGUUGUGUUGCGAGGCGUGGGAGAUGCCCGACAUGGCUGAUCGCCAGCCUCUUCUCGAAGAAGCUAGAGAGUGCAAGCGAUGGCUAGAUGUUUGGUGUGAAGCAUACGACAUCAACUUCUUAGCAUGGUCACAUCUCAUGGCUGCCUCAAUCGCAUGUGCGUCGCGUGACUACAAGAACAUCAUCAACAAUGUCGAGAUUGCUAUCGACCAUUGUCAAGUCCAUGGCUUUGCCUUGGAGGAGGCUCUCGCACUUGAGAUGCAGGCCGAAUUCUUACUCGAGCGCGGUGCCAAGAGACCAGCGAAGGUCAUGAUACAAGAAGCCAUGGCUGCCUAUAACAGACUCAGCGCUGUAGGCAAGGCCAAGCAUCUUGCUGAAAGGCAUGAGUGGUUGUUGAAGACAGCCACUACAUCUCGGAAUGUCGACAUGUCUGUCCAGACCAUGGAAGUCGCCGAUUUCGUCAACGAUAACUCCGGCCACCAAAAUAAGCGGGAGUAUGUCCAGAAAUGGGUUGAUCCAAAACAGAACAGUAAUGGUACCCAAGACGUGAGUGGACUUGGCCUAGAUAUCCUCGACCUGACGUCGAUUCUGGACUUCUCGAGAGUCAUCAGUUCCGAGUUACAGAUCGAUUCGUUACUCUCAAAGAUGCUUUCGGUGAUACUGGAAUCCGUCGGUGGUCAAGCUGACUUCUGUGCUAUCGUCAUCGAUUCGGAAGAGAACGGAUGGGUCGUAGCUGGCAGUGCCGAUCACGAAACGGGCGUUAAGACCUACCCUGAUGGCAUUCCGUUUGCCGAUGUCGACGACCAGGUUGCGCAACAAGUCACGCCUUACGUGUUGCGGACCAAAGAAACCAUUUUCCUGCAGAAUGUGCUGGACGAUGAACGCUUCUCCAACGUUGGUGAUGCUUGGCUUGCUCGUAAUCCUAAUGGUCGCUCUCUUAUCACAAUUCCGAUCUUGCAAGCGGAACAUCUCAUGGGUGUCAUUCACCUCGAGGGACGGCCACACGCUUUCACGCAGCGCAGCCAAGUCGUUCUAAACCUGCUCACCAAUCAAGUGGCCAUAUCGCUUGGCAACGCAUUUCUAUACAGAAAGGUGCGCAAGGUCAGUGCUUCGAAUGCGAGCAUGGUCGAGUCCCAGAAGCGUGCCUUGGUCGCAGCUCGAGAAGCUGAAGCAAAAGCCAAGAAGGCGGAAGCAGAGGCUAUGCACAACGUCAAGCUGAAAGAGGAAGCUGCCAAAGCGAAGUCAAUUUUCUUGGCCAAUGUCAGUCAUGAGCUUCGUACGCCCUUGAACGGUGUAAUUGGCAUGUCCGAGCUGCUGAAAGGCACGCCACUGAACAAGGACCAAGAAGGCUACGCUGAUAGCAUUCGAGUCUGUGCUGACACCUUGCUUACUGUCAUCAACGACAUUCUGGACUUCUCCAAGCUGGAGGCUGGGAAGAUGCAAAUGUUCACUGUGCCCUUGAAUCUGAAGGAGACAAUCACCGAAGUUGUCAGAGCUCUGGCCUACACGAACAAGGAGCACGGUCUGCAAACAAUCGAGGAUCUGCAGAUCGACGAUGGUCUUGUGCUUGGAGACCCUGUUCGCCUUCAUCAAAUCUUCAUGAACCUGCUCAGCAAUGCGUACAAGUUCACGCCGUCCGGCUCGGUCACAGUGAAAGCCCGGAAGACUGGUGAGACGGGCGGCAAAGUGAAGAUCACUUGCGCCGUAGUCGAUACUGGUAUCGGCAUUACCGAAGAGCAGCUCACAAGGUUGUUCCAGCCAUUCUCGCAAGCCGACUCCUCGACUGCGCGAUCGUACGGCGGAAGCGGCUUAGGUCUCAGCAUCUGCAAAGCCAUGAUCGAAAACGUUCUUGGAGGAAAGAUCUGGAUAGAAUCCACGCCGAAUAAAGGUACAACCGUUUCCUUCACUUUGACCUUCCGAAAAGCCCCGAAAGACAGCGCUGUCCCGGACAUGAAGAUCUCCGCGAAGGAGCCAGACCCAAUGGCAAACUGGUCACAGGCUGCGAGUCCGAGCACGGCUGAGGAGAAGAAGCAAUUGGAGUUGGCGCACCUCGACUUGUCAAAGAUUGCCAAAGAGGACGUUCGCGUCUGCAUUGCUGAGGACAACGCUAUCAAUCGCAAAAUCGCCAUUAGCUAUGUCGGUAAGAUUGGUUUCAAGUGCGAAGCCUUCGAGGAUGGUCAGCUUGCCUACGAUGCCCUUCGCCGCAAAGCCAAAGAAGGCGAGCCAUUCCAUCUCGUCUUGAUGGAUGUGCAAAUGCCCGUGCUAGAUGGCUACGAAGCCACAAAAGCGAUUCGCGCCGAUCCGGAUCCAGACGUCAACAAAGUCCUGAUUAUUGCGAUGACUGCUUCAGCCAUUAGAGGCGACCGAGAGAAGUGCUUGGAAGCGGGCAUGAACGACUACCUUGCUAAGCCAGUGCGCCAGAACGUCCUGAAAAGCAUGCUAGAUGAGUACAUGACCAACAAGCAUGUCGCAAGAGAAGCGGCCAAAGAUGGCGGUCGUGCAGACCAGAUCACACCCGGCGAUAAAGCCGCCGGCACCAUGCCCGAAUCGCUUCGCUCGGCGGCCAAUGGUACUACACCCGCAACAAACGGCAAACGCAAGACUUCUGGCGCAUCAGAGGAGGGCAGGAAGGCGCUCAACGCGAUGGAGUCAUCCAGCCCAGGGUCCAGACGGCCCAUAAAGAAGAUCAGAGAUCCCAGUCAUCUCAGCGAAACGACCAACGCCAAUGCUUUGAGCAGCAGUCCGCCAAGUGGGAAGAAGGAAACCGACAUGCUGGGCAAGAUCAGCUCUGAGAAGGUCGACGACAGCAAGAAAGACGUGCCAUUGGAAGUCAAGAAGAAGGAAGAUGUUGUGCUGAGCAGACAGCAGAAUGGGGAGAGCAAGCAGACUAGCUAUGACUCCGUGGGAAGCAAUAGCAAUGGUACGGUGAGCCAUGGAGCGCUACAACAGGCCUUGAAUCAGCUGAGGGCUAAUGGGGAUGGCGCUGCUGAUGAUGGCGGCGAGAGCUCGACUCUCAUGGGUGCAAUGGCCGCGAACGGGACCAAGUAG